ACGAACACCGAGUUCUUGGUACUACAACUCAGCAAACCUAGCUAGCCCGUUGGCUUUCUGUCUCCUGACUGAUAGAUCAUCAAUGGCGGCUAGUCGAGGCACACUGCUGUUGGCGACGGUGCUCGUCAUCCUAUCGCUCUUCGUAAGCCCCAUCUCCGGCUACUGGAAGGCGAGCCGCACCCGCACCAGGCGCCCUAGCAGCCGCCGGUCCUGGUCCUCCGGCGGCGCGACGUGGUACGGGAGCCCUUACGGCGCCGGCAGCGACGGUGGCGCGUGCGGAUACCAAAGCGCCGUCGGCCAGCGCCCGUUCUCGUCGAUGAUCGCCGCCGGCGGAUCCUCCUUCUUCAAGAGCGGCAAAGGCUGCGGUGCAUGCUAUCAGGUCAAGUGCACCGGUAACAAGGCCUGCUCCGGUCGCCCGGUGACCGUCGUCAUCACCGACUCCUGUCCCGACGGCAUAUGCGCCUCGGAGGAUCAUUUCGACAUGAGCGGCACCGCCUUCGGCGCCAUGGCCAACCGAGGGAUGGCCGACCGCCUCCGCUCCGCCGGACAACUCAGGAUCCACUACGCGAGGGUUCCCUGCAAGUACAACGGGAUGAACAUUGUCUUCAAGGUGGACGCGGGCUCCAACCCGUUCUACCUCUCCGUGCUGAUCAUGUACCAGGCCGGCGACGGAGACCUCUCCGCCGUCGACAUCAUGCAGGGCGGCUGCGCGCCGGGCCACCACAACGACCACGGCCAGCCGUGGAUGGCGAUGAAGCAGUCCUGGGGCGCGCUGUGGCUCCUCCAGUCCAACAACGGGAAGCCUCUCCAAGCCCCGUUCUCGUUCCGGCUCACCUCGGGUUCCGGCAAGGUGCUCGAGGUCACUAACGCCAUCCCUUCCGGCUGGACGGCCGGCACGUCCUACAGCUCCUCGGUGAACUACGCCAGCUAGGGCGGCUGGCGCCGACUGUAUGCCCUUAGAUCUGGUUCUGCAAUUUGUGAGUUUUUACCUUGUCAAAGGCCCGUAUCCGGUAAUCGGCAUCCAUGCGCGCGCGUCCGGGAAUUGUGAGCGGCCGCGUCAGAAGAGGAAGAAAGUCAAGUGUUUUUGUGUUUGUGUUCUUCGCUCUUCCCUCUCCGAGGCCACUGCCUUGCAGUUGUUUCCCUAGUGAUGAUGUCUUCUUCUUCAGUUGUAGUCACAGCAAAGGAUCGAUGCUGAUGCAGCAAUAGAUGCGAUGUUUCUUGGGUCCAA